AAAUAUGAUUGGUAGUCUUUUAUACCUCACUGCUAGUAGACCUGACAUUUGCUUUAGUGUUGGAUUGUGUGCCAGGUAUCAGGCUGCUCCCAAAGAAUCACACACGAGAGGAGUCAAGCAUAUCAAAAAGUACACUGGAGGUACAACAGAUUAUGGUCUAUUCUACUCUAUUGAUACGAACUUACAUCUUGCUGUUGGGUUCU